GUUGUCCCAGUCUCCUGACCGACCGGUGGCGCUGCAGCGCAAAAUCAUCGGUAAAGACUUCAAAACCGGAAUUAAUCAGAUUUCAAAAUACAAUCCUCUUCAAGAAAAUGGCGGAAGUCGUGGAACUGCAUAAACUCAAGUUGGCUGAGCUGAAGCAGGAAUGUACUGCUCGUGGGCUGGAUGCCAAAGGAAAUAAAGCCGAUCUUAUUGCCCGGCUGCAAGCCUAUCUGGAAGAGCAUGAAGUGAAUGAAGAGGAAGUUCUGGGAGAAUAUGGUGAGGAGGCCUUUGCCAAAGAAGAGACUGAUUCCCAGAAGCAAGAGUUUACUCCUCCUGAAGAGGAGACUGAGAAAAAAGUGGUCAAGGUAAACCCUCCUGCUACAGUUGGUGAGAGGCUUCAGAAAAGAGCAGAACGCUUCAAUAUUCCACCAACUGCGGACAGCAAAAAGGCAGCACGAGCAACAAGGUUUGGUCUGCAAGAACCUGAAUCUGUAUCAUCCAAAGGAACUUCAGCCAAAGUUAAUGUUGAUGUUGAGGUAUUAAAAAAGAGAGCAGAACGUUUUGGCUUGAAUGUCUCUUCAGUUUCUAAAAAGAUUGAGGAUGAUGAAAAGCUUAAGAAGAGGAAGGAGAGAUUUGGCAUUGUUACUAGUGCAGCCAAUGAUACAGAGGUAUGAAGAAAACGUGCUGAGCGCUUUGGAAAUGUA